CAGUUGUAGUUGUUUGAAAUGCCAAAAACGGCCGGUUAAACCACAAACCUCUGAUGACAUUACAACCGACUCAACGUCGAAGGGGCAGUGCUCGUACAUAUAUUCGUAAUAAGCUACUCUCACUUCACUUCAAACGAACUAGGAAUACGUCUACAGGUCCUUUUUAUUGAUUUUUCCAUGCCAUGUAGAAAAGUCAAACUUAAAGUAUUUGUCAAAUACUCAACUCAAGUGGCUGACAGUGAACACUUAUUGACGAGUACAUACAAAAUUAGCAUAUUUGACACGAAUUGCGAUUUGCGAAAAAUUGUUGGUGUUACAACAUAAUAGCCAUUCGUUGAUAAAGAAUAUAUACAAAAAUAUUGGAAUUAAAAAUAUCUCAACUAGUGGCUGCCAUUUGUGAGCUGAUGCAGGCAGCACAAUAGUGAAAAUUUGAAACAUGAAAAAAAAACGUCCUUCGACAUCGACUCCAUUUUGAAUAGGAAUUGUGCUUGAAGAAAAGUGGAUGCAUUUAAGUAAAGAGUGCCCGACAUCUGCCAGAAGUUACAAAUCCUUUCCAAGAAAUAUCAAAUACACAAUUCAGCCACCCACUUCACCCUUCUGGCUGUAGAGCGAAAAAGAAAGAAAAAAUAAUAUUUAAGUGUUUCAACCUACCCCAAUCAACGACGGGCGUCUGCGGUAGAGGUCGACGACAAAGGGUUUAACGGUGGCGUAAGCAGAGCAAAACCCACUACGACCUGUAAUUAAUUACAGCAAUAGUGCAAAAGAACGGCUUUUCUUCUUGCUUGGUUUCCUGACGUGCCACAAGGAUAUUGUUUAAUCAAUAACGAAUAGAGCGAUUGGCGAGUGAAGGGGUUACUAGGCUUCCAACCCCAACAUCUUCGUCCAUUUUGUGGUUGUGUGCGUGAGUGUUAGUGUGUGUGUAGUAAAUUAAAAAUUGCUAAGCCGCCGAGCACCCUCGCAAUGCGAAGCCAAUUGGAAAUUAUUUAAACACCAUAUAGUGUAGUGUAACACUCGUGAACCUUUGCACAUCGCAAUCCGACGCCACAAUUCGCGUCGUAAAGAUGUACAAGACGGUGCGGCACGGCGAGAACAGCCUGCAAUAUACGAUACUGCCACAGAACGAUGACUUUCGCAUCGAGGGCAAGCUAUCAAGCGCAGGCAGUAACUGCACCUCUGUUUCUGGCCGCAAAGGUAAAUCGAGACGCCCGAGACGGCGCUCAUUCUUUGCUUACUUAGGCUUAAUUUUCGUCUGCACCGUUAUUGUGGGCGCAGUGUUGAUACCAUUUCUAGUGUCGGCGGAGUGCCUGCCCAAUCCCACUGAGUGGUUUUUAAAAACGAAGGCAGCGCUAACACAUGGAGCCAGCAUUAAUGGACUGCACAGAAACGCCGGUGGGCCGAGGGAAGCUUCAAGAAAAGCUGGUGAAAAUGGUGGAUCUCAACAAUUACCGCUACAUAAUAGCGCUGCUAAUAUUGGUCAAAAAGUAGAAAUUAUCAACCGCGACGGCGUGGAAAAAAUAAUUUUACGUGUCAAUAAAACGCAAACGCAGCCGAAAAUAAAUCAAACUAAGGUCAAACCUGUUGGAUAUACAUCGGACAAGGAGGAGCAGCCACCAGCUGAGGAGACUAACGCAGCUGCCAACUUUCGCACACAGACUGGUAAAACAAAGGAUGGAAUGUUGGAACCACAAGUGGGUGUAGUUACUGGGGUAAAGUAUGAAAUGUCCACAACUGCAAUGCCAGCACCGAUUAGCGGCGCCUUAGAUACAAAUGGGUUAUUAAAUGGAGCGACACCCCAGGAACCAUCGAUUGGAACGAAUAAUUUGGUCACGGAGGUGCGAUUCCAAACAGGCGAGAUUCAGGCAUUGCCUGGCAUUGCGCCUACUAUCGCUGUGACAACCACAAUGAACCCGUACUUUGCUCAAAAUGGUAAACAAAUUAACAGCAACAGCGUCCUGGGCAAGAAUAAAAUACUUAGUCGUCCAAUACAAAAUGGUAUACCAGCCGCAAUACGUCCAACAACGUCAUUUUCUACCACCAGCAUUUAUUCGCCACAUGCACCAGCUGCAGCUUCAGCCUCAAUCUCGGCUGCAUCUUCAGUCAAUGCCAAUAUGAUUUUAAAUCAAAAUACUAGCGCCCCAGCUAUGCCGACCAUUAUGACACGCAUCAUGCAAUUGCCUCUACUGAAGUCUACAGCAAAGAAGCCAAUCAUACCGCCGGCACUCGUGCGCACCAACUCCGAGGUUAUGCCACACAAGCAGCUCAGCAGCAAUGAAGUGGCCAGUGGCGCAGCUGAUAGCAAUAACGGGGUUUCGGGUGUUGGUCCAGAUUCGAGUAUGAGUAGGCCUGCCCAGCCGUCCAAGGUGAAUGCCGCAGAUGUUGUGGAGACAAAGAACGCCGACUGGAUUCAGUCGCAUUGGCCUUACAUUGAUCCGUCUACUUAUUUCCAAUGGACUGGUUACAAGGAGGACAGCGUUUUACUGCCAGCACUGCUGGGUUUCGCCUUAACUGGCAUGAUUCUAAUCAUUGCGGUUUGCUUGGUGGCACGCAACAAACGCGCCAUCGUCUCUUCGGUGCGAAAGCGGAAUCGCAAUGACGUCGAAGAGGCCGGCGCUGACGAUAAUACAACACUUCUGGCCAAUGCCAAUCUUUCCGAUGAGGACUAAACGACCGUGCGUGAAGAAGAAGCUCAAAACUUUGCGAAGUUUGGCGUGCAGCAAUAAUGCUUACUAACAUACAUACUUACUCAAACACACUAAAAAAAUACCACCACUAUCGUAAUAUUGAAAAACUCCAAGUUUCACCUACCGCUAGUAAAUAUCCGCAAAUUUUAAAAGUGCAUAUGAUUGUGUGCCCACCAUCGAAAGAAAAUCAAGUGGAGCCACUUAAUCAGUCACCCCGAGCGAUACCCAAUGUUGUGAUUAAGAACAUUCGUGCGCAUAAAAACCCACACAUACAUAUGCAUAUAUACACGUUCGCGUGUCAGAUGACCACAAAUCAAAUGAAAAAUCUUACACUUUACAAUUUUGACCGGCUGAAACGUGGAAUAAUCGGCAGAAAUUCUAGAGGAGUAGAAAAUAUGUAUCCAUUUAUUUGUAUGUAUUUUUCAAUGUAACCAACGCUCACACAGGACACAAUCAGCAUUACUUAAAAAUAUAUAAAAUGUUUAAAUUAAGCUAAUGAAACCAAUUAGUAUUACCUAGGAACAUUAAAAAAAUAAAUAAAAGCAUUAAAUUUUGAUCAAAAGAAACAAUAUUGUUCAGCAAUGCAAUUAAAAUCGAAGGUACGUGCAUACAUACAUGCAUCUUAAGGCAAAACUUAUGUUUGCAAACUUUUUAAGCGCCCAAAUUUUUGUUUAAUGCAAACAAAAAGCCUAAAAGACUGUUGCAUUUCAUUUAAAAAAUUUCGCCACAUAAAUUUAUCCAUGUAAAAUAAUUAAGCUGAAUAACAAAAUUUAAGUUUCGAAAUUUUUUUAAAUGUUAAAACAAACAUUGUAAUUCAGAUAAUAAUUAAGUAGAAGCUAAAAAAAGUAGCUUGACGCAAAUGAAUACAUAAAUAAUUGUCAAAUCUAAAAAGAAAUGAUAGUUCCAAUACUUUAUUUCAAAUUUUAUCAUUUGGGAGUGAUGUAAUCAGCCACAAAUUAUUAAUUGUAAUACAAAAUCGAAAUUUCGAAACAAAUAUUAUCUACAAAACCUAGGUAUAUACAUAUAAGUAACUCAAAAAGCAACAAUAAUUGUAAAACUUGGAAUCGUCCGCCAUCUUCGAUAGGCAUUCAAAAUAGUGCAGUGAUUAGCUACGUGCGAACAAAACCACUUAAAAGUAGUAUAAACGAGUCACUCAAGUACAGUUUGUUUUGAUUCACAUUUAACUCAAUUGAGCUUGUUACAUUUCCACACAUGUACAUAUGUAUGUAAUUACAGGCGUAGCGCUCUCGCUAAAAGCAAACUUAAAUAAAAUAAAAAAAUAAAAAAUCAGUAUAGUAUAAUAUUAUUAAAUUCACCCGCUUUAUAUGUAUGUAUCGCCUAGCAGUUUUUACUGUAAAGGAACUGUGUAUUGUAGCGUAAUGAAAGCAUCCUCUAGAGGCCCACUCUGUAAACGUGCAUACUUAAAUAAUAAUGUACAUGUGUAUGUAUCGAAACAGUUGUUGCAUUGAUUGAGCAAAGCACACUAAGCAAAGCAGAGGAAUAGGUAAAUACAAAUUGUAGUAGUUGAACAGAAAAAUGAUAAACUAUUUUUGUAAGACGAUGUGAUAGCAAUAGAGAAGCGUAAAUAAUGUGCACAUACACACAUGCACCAAGUAUCAAUACAUUUAGUACAUUACAACAUAUUCACAUUCAUACUUUUACAUACAUACAUACGUAGUAUAUAUGUACAUACGUAAUAACAUAAAAAAUGUAGUGCAAUUUGCAUUUCCGUUUAUUUGUCAUAAUUUCAUUAUUUUUUAUUUCCAAAAACAAAAGUACACGUACAUACAGCGCACAGAUCUAUACAGGUGUUGAGUAUAAUAAUAAUAAAAAAUAUGAAAUAUGUACGUAGCCUUUUUUGCACCUUGCAGCUUCAUUUUCCCACCAAAACAAGUAAAGAUAAACAAUUUAUUCAAUUCUCGGAAUAUCAUGGAAUUAUUAUUUUAGUUUUUUUAAUUUUGCUUAUCGCAAUAGUGUUCAUGUAUUUACAAGCGUAUUGAGUUGGUAACUUUUUAAGAGCAUAUACUACACAUAUAUACAUACAUACAUACAUGCAUCUUAUUGAAUGUGUAUCCUUGUUAUGAUACUCGGAAAUUGUAUUGCCAAUGCAAACUACAAAGAAUCGGAAUAUUAACUAUAUAAUGCAAAUGGUUACCUAAUUGUUAACUACAAUAUACCGUAAAUAUUAUAUGUAAACUUACAAAACAAGCAACAAUGGUAGUACACAAAUUAAUAGCAAUCAAAUGUAUAACUUUUGUUGGCCGCUUUUUACAAAUAUGUAUGCACAUGUAUUUAUAAAUAUGUAUGUAACCCACAAGUAAUUACGGAAAUGUAAUAAUGUAUGGCAGAAUUGGCGCUAUGACAUAGAAGAAUCCUUCACGAAAAAACAAAUCAAUAAUCAUUUGGAAAAAUGUCACAUUUAUUUAGAUACUUUAAAAAAUUUUCGCACGCAUUCUACAAAAGAGUAAAUGAAACCAUUUAAACCCAAACAAAAAACAUAUAUACAUGUAACCGAAUUGGAAAUUAGAGCUUUGUAUAAUAUUUCUUUUAAUUGGCUUUAUUUCUUUCCAAUACAAUUAAUGGAUUGGGCCAAAAAUAUAUUGUCCGAAUGUUUUAUUCAUUUGGUAGGACCA